AGAUGUCACGAUUCAGGGAAGCUCUUAAAGGGAAUGAAUCUGGAAAGAAGAACCCUAAGAUGCCUCAAAAACAAAAAGAGGCUGAAAAUAAGGACAAUGCAGUGAUAUCAAAGGAUAGGCUCCCUCUGAUUGGUUCAUCAAGAAAUAAAUCUGCAGCGAGGCCCUCUCUAGCCACUCCUCGGGUCGAACCGAGGAAACGCAGCCAUCCUCCCGUCUCAUCUGUGGCCCCUGACAGCAUGACACCCUGGGAAGGCUCCUCCCACUCCGAGUCAUCCUUUACCAGUUUUCCUCCUCCAGUUUCACCCCUGCCUCUUGCCCACUCGAAGCCAAUCACAGCACCAGAUCCUAAGCCUCCACCACCCCCUCCUCAAAUCACAAACACCGAACCUGAGAAUAGUCAGAGUGCCCGGGUAAAACGCAAGCUGCUCCCACCAAGGCACCCCUCGAGACCUCCCCGUUUGCCCCCUCUGAGGCAAGUCACAAAUCUUAGCUUUUCUCGUAGCUUCACAUUUUCAUUUUUUGAGCUGCCGGUUCACCAGUCUGCACGGAGCAGAGCGGAGCGCCUCAGAGAUCUCACUGUGCUGCUGAAGCAGUUUCAUUACUAGAGAAAAACAUGGUGUUGAGAGUUCACAUCUAGGGCAGAAAUUCAUCAUGUGGAAAAACAUGUACAGAAACACAUGAUUGUCUAUGACUUCACAUCAGUGUUUCAAGUAUAUAAUUAAUUUUAUUUUUUAUUAUAGAUAGAUAGAUAGAUAGACAGAUAGAUAGAUACAUAAAUAGAUAGAUAGAUGGAUAGAUAGAUAAUCUAGAUCUAUAAGUUUUUUGUAACAAUGUUAAAUGUAAGUUAUAUUUGUUUUUACAUUGUUACAAAAAACUUUCUAUUUAUACUGACCAAUGAAGUAAUGGAAGUUGCCCAACUUGUGUUUGUUGUUUUUGUUACUUUUUUAAGGUUGUUAAAUGUAUAUUUAGAGUGUGUGUGGGUGUGAUACUGUGCAACCUUUUUUGCCUUCUGAUAUUAAACACUUAUAUAAACCAGUGGAACAGAGUUGGAGAGAAUAACCCUGGUGUUUAUUAUGUAGGAUGGAGACCGCAUUUGUGAUGAAUUAUAUAUGAUGUAACAUUAUAAAUCUGACCUUUAAACAACAGAAAGCAAUGAAAAUAUUUAAGGAGAGAAAUUCAGCUGAGAAACGUCCCACUGGCGCCCUGUGGUUUUGUUGAGCUAUUUACGUCGUGCACAGGGAUAAUAAAGUGGUUUCCUCUGGACUCGCAGAACAGUUUUUGGUGAAAUCUCUACACAAGGUAAGAUAACUAAUUGAUGAUAAGCUUAUUUCCAGUUUUACUGCACACGCACCUGUGCAGUCACCUGUCCUCACGUGUGCUCCUAUCAGAGAGUGCUAAAAGACACAGAUGAGCAUUGAUGUGUUAUCAGUUUUGGCUGCUGAUGUCUUUUAAUACUUAAGAAACUGAAUCCUUUAGGUUUGAUUAGGUAUAGGUAUCAAUUCAGAUGUUCCAGAUCGAUUUGAUUUCGAUUAUGAUUCUCGAUUUGGUUUUCUAUACUCGAUUCUCGA